AAGACAUGACUGCCCAUAUCACGGCGUUUACGAAGACGGCGAUAUCCUCGACAACAAACUAGACUGCGAUGAGGAGAUCUUGCUCAAACCUGGACAGCACAACCAGCGAUUCAGAUUCACGGCUCUUAAGAAGCCCCCUCUAGAGCAAGGAGUCCCGGCAUUGAGCUCACGUGGCUGGGCAGUUCGCUGGAUGGAACAGGGUACUGGACGGCCGAAGCCGAAGAUGGGAAAUGCACACGAACCCCAGCAGACGCAGAUAUUCAGACCCUGUGACCAUGAUGGGCCGUGUGAGACUGCGGCGGAGUGCUCGUGUUUCGAGUUGAAGAUUCCUUGCGAGAAGACUUGCGGAUGCAACGCGCAGUGUCUACGCCGGUUCCCUGGGUGCGACUGUAAACGCGAAGGAAGGCCCUGCUUGCACGUCGACAUCGCCACUCAGCGCCGCACAGUCUGCCUGUGUCUACAAUUGAAUCGUGAGUGUGAUCCUGACACAUGCGGAAGCUGUGGUGUUCGAGAAGUCUUGGACCCAGUCAACCGUCAUUGCGAGCUUCCACCACCGGUAUGUGGGAAUUGUGCUAUUCAGCGACGUAUGCGGAAGCACACGUUAAUAGGGAACUCGGAUGUCGAAGGAUUUGGUCUCUUUGCUGUUGAGGAGAUCAAGAAGGAUGAGCUCAUCGGAGAAUACACCGGAGAACUGAUAACCAUUGACGAAUUUGACAGACGGUUCCAGGUCACCGUCCACAGAAAUUAUUCCUACGGUUUCGAACUACAUAGAGGUGUGUUUCACGAUUCUCCUGAUCUGCUCUCGCUCCUAACACCGCUGUACUAGACAUAGUCAUCGACAGCACCCGCGCCGGUAACAAAAUGCGCUUCAUCAACAGCGCCCAGUGGGACGACACCGACAAACCCAAGCACAAACACAAAGCCACCGCCAAACGCACCGCAAACUGUUACCCCAGAAUCAAAGCCUGCAACACCGUCUGCCGCAUCGGCAUCUACGCGGCCCGCCCCAUACACGUCCACGAAGAGCUGCUCUACAACUACGGCGGCAAAUUCCACGGCGCCACGCCGUCCAAAACCGUCUCUUCGGCCACGAAACGUGCCCGCUCCACCACUUCGAGCAGUGUCAACGACGACGACGACGAUGAUGAUGAUGAUGAUGAAGAUGGUGAUGAUGGCGAUAGCAACGAAAAUGGCAACUUGAAUACCACCACAGCAAACCCCCAAAAAGUACGAGCCUACAAAACCGUACCCCCAACGCACUACGACAACCC